CUCUCAGCCGGCACCGUGUGCCCAUGGAGAAAACCACGGUGCUGAUCACAGGCUGCUCCUCGGGCAUCGGCCUAGGGCUGGCUGCACGGCUGGCAGCUGACACUGCUGGCAGGUUCAAAGUGUUUGCCACCAUGCGCGACCUGGGCAAGGCCGAGCAGCUGCUGGAGCGCUUUGGGGGCUGCUGCCCUGACACGCUGGAGCUGCUGCAGCUCGAUGUCACCGACCUGCGCUCGCUGGCAGCUGCGGCGCAGCGGCUGCAGGGGCAGCAGCUGGAUGUGCUAGCAGUCUGUAAUGCGGGGAUGGGACUGAUGGGUCCCCUGGAGACCUGCUCUGACCAGGCCAUGAAGACCAUCUUUGACGUGAACCUCUUUGGAGCCAUCCGCACCAUCCGGGCGUUCCUGCCCGCCAUGAAGCGCCGCAGGGCCGGGCGGAUCAUCGUCUCCAGCAGCAUCGGGGGGCUGCAAGGGCUGCCCUUCAACGCUGUGUACUGUGCCAGCAAGUUCGCAGUGGAGGGGCUGUGUGAGAGCUUGGCCAUCGUCCUGCGCCCCUUCAACAUCCACCUGACGCUGGUGGAGUGCGGACCUGUCAACAGCAGCUUCACGGCCAACCUGCAGCGCCCGGACCCCGAGGGCAGCGAGCUGCAGGGCCUGGACGCCGGCACACGGAGCCUCUACCGCCGCUUCCUGCAGCACUGCCACGGCCUCUUCCGCGACGCGGCCCAGGAGGUGGACGAGGUGCUGCAGGUGUACCUGGAGGCCAUCGGCAGCCCCUGCCCGCCCCUGCGCUGUGUCACCACCCAGCUGCUGGCCCCGCUGCGGCGCCUGAGGCUGGGCAGUGCCGACGGCUCCGCGUACGUGCGAGCCAUGCACGACUUCGUGUUCGGACACGGCGAGGAGCAGCCCUGAGCGCAGCCGCCGGCGUGUCCCGGUACCACUGUGUCGUUAAUAAAGCCCUUUGCACGGC